CGAAGAAGAAAAAGAAAAGAUGAAAAACGAAAUAGAAGAGAACAGGGCUAAUUUUGAAGCUGACAAUUAUGAAAAAGACCAAAUGAUUAAUAAGCUCAGGAUAGAAAACCUGGAACAAGAAAUUAAGAUUGACCAUUUGAAGAGGACGGUCCAGAAUUAUGAAGAACAAAAUGAAAAAUUGAAAAGGGAAAUGGAAGACAUGAUGGCUGAUUUUGAAGAUUUGGACCUUAUGAUUGAUGUACUAAGAAACGAAAAAUUGGAACAAGAAAAUACAUUUUGGAGUCUUAUGAGGCAGGUCCAGAACUGCGAAGAAGAAAAUGAAAAGAUGAAAAACGAAAUGGAAGGGAUAGAACAAGGGGAGUAUGGAAAUAUGAUUUGCGAUUUCCUUGAACUACAGAGAGAUGAGAAAGAGAAAGAGAUGCAAAUAAGAAAAAUUGCGGAAGAAAUAAAUAAUCUGAAAGAGGGGAUAAGGAUAGCAAGCCCAGAACAAGAAUCAGAAUUGGAAAGAAACGACGAGCAGGGAACGAAGACCCAAGAGGAAGAGGAAACUGGAGAGAAGGACGACGCCGAAGAAUCAGACGAUAGCGACGAAUCAAAGGACGAAAGCUCCGACGACUUAAGAGCUGACGAGAAUCAGCCAGGAGGAGAGGUGGAACGCGUAGAAGAACCAGAAGAGGAAGACACCUUCGAAGAAUCUGUAGGAGAAGAUGGCGAUAAUCAGUCUGGCGAGGAGGAAAGAGUCGAGGAAUCAGGAGAAGCCAGCAAAACACAAGUAGAAGAAAUAAACCUCGAUGGCCCAGAGGAGACUGAGCUGGAUAGCUUUUGUUCAGAGUCUGAACAAAAGUUGGGCUUAGGACACAAAGCCCCUGAAAGCAAAGGAAAGGAAAUGGAAGAUGAUAUGAGCCAGGAAGAGGUGGAAGAAUUAUUAAAGGAAAUAAGAAAACUGAGAGAGGAGGAAAAACUCAUGUGGGAAGAGCUAUCACAGCGGAAGAAACUGGACGAGGAUAAAUGUCAGGAAUCAGAAGACGAUGAUUCGGAAGACAUUUUCCUUCAGUCGAUGAUUAAUGGCCCUGAAACACAAGGGAAGGAGGAUGUAGGCGAGCAGGGCCAGCAAGAGCGAACGAGAUGUCAAGAUGAAGAAGAGGCGACAGCAUGGCAUGAAUUAGAGCAGGAAAUAAUAGGAAUGAGAAUGGAGCAGGAACAUAUGGCUAAGGAGAUGUUGGAGCAGCAGAAAAAGAGGGAGGAGAUGGAGAGCUUAUUACGAUUUAUUGGAGGCGACACCCAAAUGAAGACCAGGAAUAAAAAGAAACAUAGGAAAGGGAAUAAUAGGAGACGAUACCAAUGGAAAUAG